AUGUUGAAAAUAAUACUCCUGUUUACGGCGCUCCUAGCUGCUCUUGCUGUCCUUGUCCACGCCCAAGAUGAUCAAUUAGGUUUUGUAAGCAUCGACUGUGGACUCCCGGAAGGCUCCAAUUACACUGAUCCGAUCACCGGAAUCCGUUACGUCUCCGACGCCGGCUUCGCCGACUCUGGCACCCUCAACAACAUAUCCUCCACGUACGUCACCGCCGAUCUCAUUCGCCAGUUCCUCACCGUCAGAAGCUUUCCGGAAGGACCAAGAAACUGCUACACCGUCCGACCUCCCAAGUCGAAAUUCCGAACCAAAUACCUAAUCAGGGCGAGGUUUUUCUACGGAAACUACGACGGCCAAAACCAGGUUCCGACGUUUGACCUCCACCUCGGAGCCGAUCACUGGAAAACCAUCACUCUGGACGAUGCAUCAACCCCGCACACCACGGAGAUGAUCCACGUGCUGUCGUCGGAUUUUCUGCACGUGUGUCUUGUAAACACCGGCGCCGGAACGCCGUUCAUUUCUGCGCUGGAGCUAAGGCUGCUGAACGAGGAUGGGCUUUUCGCUAUGUACCCGGCGGUAAAUGGAUCGCUGCAACUUUACGGCCGCAUUGAUCUUGGCUCCACAUCCAAUCAAUCUAUCAGGUAUAAAGACGACAGAUGGGAUCGGAUAUGGAAGCCAUUUACCUUUGAUGGAAUGAGGAUACUAAACAAUCCCUCUGCAAAAAUCCAAUACGACGGAUUUGAUCCCUUGAUAGUGCCGGAGAAAGUGAUGAAGACGGCGGGGGAGAUAGUAGAAAGCAACAACAGCAGUCAGCUGGCGUUCUACUGGAAACCAGACAGCUUUGACGAUGAGUUUUACAUGUACAUGCACUUUGCAGAACUUCAACAGCUGCCCAAAAACCAGACCAGACAACUCAACAUUUAUCUCAACGGUAAUCUCUGGUUCGGGAAUUACAGUCCCAGGUACCUACGACCCGGCACUAUUUUCAGCGACAAACCUGAGAAUCAAUCCUUCAGGUACAACGUUGUUUUGAACAGAACCGGGAAUUCUACUCUCCCGCCGAUCAUCAACGCAGUUGAGGUUUACAAAGUGACAUAUAUUUUGCUCAAUCAAACAGCUGACCAAGAUGUGACUGCUAUAAGGUACGUAAAAUCGACCUAUGGAGUGACGAAAAACUGGCAAGGAGAUCCAUGCUAUCCCCAAGAAUACUCAUGGAUCGGUCUCAACUGCAGCUAUGAUGGCAACAAUUCUCCCAGGAUAAUAUCCUUGAACCUGGCCUCGAGUGGGUUGACAGGGGAGAUAUCUCCCUACAUGUCCAGUCUUUCCUCGUUACAACUUCUGGAUUUGUCGAACAAUGAUUUGACAGGGAAGAUACCUGGUUUUCUUGCACAAUUACCCUCCCUGAGAGUGCUAAACUUGAAGGGGAACAAUUUCACCGGUCCGGUCCCGCCUGAUCUCAUAGCCAAGGCCAACACCGGUUCACUGUUGUUGAGCUUUGAUCAAAGUGACGGCAAAGAUAUAAGUGUUUGGCACAGGAAGGUUGGGAAUGGAAGUGCGACAGUUCCGGCAAGUGGUGAUGCGGCUGUGAAGAUAGAAUUGAGAAACCGGCAGUUUACAUAUUCUGAAAUCCUCCAAAUGACAAAUAAUUUCGAGACAGUCAUUGGGAAAGGAGGGUUUGGUACGGUUUAUCUCGGCUUCACAGAAGAUUCUCGAGUGGCUGUUAAAAUGUUGUCUCCAUCUUCUGUUCAGGGUUACAAAGAAUUUCAGGCUGAGGCCAGUCUUCUAAUGAAUGUUCAUCACAAAAACCUCACCUCCCUUGUUGGGUAUUGCAUUGAGGGAACCAAUCUAGGAAUCGUUUAUGAGUACAUGGCCAAUGGAAGCUUAGACAGACAUUUGUCAGGUAAAACCCCACAUAUUUUGACAUGGGAAGACCGCAUUAGAAUUGCAUCGGAUGCAGCAGAAGGGUUGGAAUACCUACAUCAUGGUUGCAAGCCACCGAUUGUGCAUAGGGAUAUCAAAACCACAAACAUUUUACUAGAUGACACAUUCCAAGCCAAACUAUCCGAUUUGGGCUUGUCUAGGGUUUUUCCCGCGGAAGGUGGAAGUCACGUAACAACCAUUGUUGCAGGCACUCCUGGGUACCUCGAUCCCGAGUACUACACGACGAAUAGGUUAACGGAGAAGAGUGACGUGUAUAGUUUCGGAGUUGUGCUUUUGGAGAUCAUAACAGGUAGAAAUCCACUAGGAGAAAGCGACAAUAUCUAUGUGGUUAAGUGGGUUACUACAAUGUUGGAAGACAAUGGAGAUAUUGCAAGUAUUGUGGAUCCGAGGUUAGUCGAAAACUUCGAUAUUAAUUCAGCAUGGAAAGUGGUUGAAUUAGGAAUGGCGUGCGUAGAACAUGAUUCAGCAAAUAGGCCAACCAUGGCUUCAGUGGCAUCUGAGCUAAAUAUGUGUUUAAUGGAGAUCACUACAAAUAACCGUGGCGACCAAUCGACGGUAGAAGGAAAGGACUCAAUGCCUCUUAAUGUGGAAAGUGAUUUAUAUCCUAGUGCAUGUUAG